GCGCCGGUAAACACGCAUACGGCUCUUAACCGCGUUAUCUUUGAGGUUACAUACACAUUUUUUGUAAAUUCAUUUAUAAAAAUGCAACACUUGACAAUUACUUAUAUGUAUGUAAAUUAAUCUUUACUGAUAAUAAUAUCACUGAUAAAGAUAUGCUUUUAAUACAAAUAAAUAGAAAAUUCCAUUUACUUAUUAUCUGACGAAGUUAACUAGAGGUAACUGAGAACAACAAUGAUGUCAGUUUAUUGCAGAUCUUCAAUAUUAAAUGGUGCUUUUAUUUAAUUCCUAUUAAUAUAAUAUAUUCAAAUUGUCUCGUUAAUUUUUAAACUGGAAACAAUAAUUGUUAUUAAUUUAUAAUAUAACACAGUAAUUUUGAUAUUAAGCUUGUAUAAAAAUAAAACAAUGUUUCGCUAUUUUGCACAAAGGAAUACAAUAAUAAAUAUUUUUAAUAAUCAACGACUGAAACAAUUGUUAAUACGAUCUUACUCGAACAAGGAUAAUAAUGAAGAGUUUAAUACGUAUCUAGGAUUACCGAAUAAGCCGGUAGGACAUAAGAAGAGAGUAACAGUUAAAUCAUGGAACGAUGAUGAAGGAGCUAAAAAAUUGCUUGAUGAAUGUCUUAUGAAUGUACCGCAAAGAAGCGAUGUAACAAUAAUUGGUGGAGGAGUAAUAGGAAGUUCUAUAGCUUAUUGGUUAAAAAAACGCUUUCCAAAAGAUUUUCAUGUUGUCGUUAUAGAACAAGAUCCAACAUACUGCCAUGCAUCAUCAGCUUUAUCAGUAGGUGGUCUACGUCAACAAUUUUCUCUCGAAGAAAAUAUUGAAAUGUCACUUUUUGGAGCAGAAUUUAUUAGAAAUAUAAAUAAUCAUUUGGGCAUUCAAGGAGAGCCUCCUGUCGAUGUACAGUUUCAACCUUAUGGCUAUUUAAUGUUAGCCACUGAUUUGAGUGGUGAACAAUUAAUAGAAAAUUCGAAAAUACAAAAUGCUUUGGGCGCAAGAAAUAUCAUUCUUUCUCCAAAUAAAUUGAAAGAAAAGUUUCCAUGGUUAAAUACAGAUGGUAUUUCAGUUGGUUGUUUUGGAUUAGAAAAAGAAGGAUGGUUUGAUCCUUGGUCACUUCUCUGUGCUUUCAAGUCAAAAGCAAUGUCUUUAGGUGUAGAAUAUAUUACUGCGAAAGCUGUAGGUUUUGAAUUUGAUGAAUAUUUGCUUUCAUCUGGCGAUGACUCCAAAUCCUGUAAAAGUAUAAGAAAAGUUAAAGUUGAAUUACCAAAUGGUAUUGUUGAAUCUAUCAAAUUCGCAGCUGUAGUUAUUGCAGCUGGAGCAUCUAGUCAGGAAAUAGCAGAAAAGGCAGAGAUUGGGCUCGGUGAAGGAAUUUUAAGUGUUCCCUUACCUGUAGAACGAAGGAAAAGGUAUGUCUACUGUUUCCACUGUCCGGAUGGACCUGGUUUAAAUACUCCACUUACAGUAGAUCCCACUAAUACUUAUUUUAGGAGAGACGGUUUAGCCAACUCUUAUAUUUGUGGUCAACAACCGCAAGCCGAUGAAGAACCUGAUACAAAUAAUUUGGAAGUAGAUCACAACUUUUUUGAAUCUAGAGUUUGGCCUGUUCUUGCUAAUAGAGUCAAAAGUUUUGAAUGUCUGAAGGUGAAAUCUUCUUGGGCUGGAUAUUAUGAAUACAAUACGUUUGAUCAGAACGGCAUAAUUGGUCGUCAUCCUUUAUAUAGAAAUAUGUUUAUAGCUACCGGUUUUAGUGGUCAUGGAAUACAGCAAGCACCUGCAGUAGGACGAGCAAUAUCAGAACUUAUUUUAGAUUCUAGAUUUUGCACAUUAGAUUUAUCAAGAUUAGGAUUUGAAAGAUUUAUAACAUUAGAACCUAUGAAAGAAGUUAAUAUUAUUUGAUCGUCCAUGAAAACAUAGUAUGAUUGAAACAUAAUUAAGAAUCAUGUUUAAAAAACAUAAUUAUGAUUAUGUGUACAAAUGUAUAUUAU